ACAGUUCCCAAUUUCCAACCACCAGAUAGUUCUGCGUCCACAGCACCUGUCGGAUCAGUGUAUUGCAUUCAGUCAACUCUUGUAUAAUAUGCCCAAUCCUCGACCGUCAAAGAGAAAGCGUAUUGGCCGUGCUUGUGACCAAUGCCGACGUCGGAAGAGCAAGUGCGGCGGCGAGCAGCCGGAAUGCUCCAUCUGUCAGGCGGCAAAUCGCAGCUGCACGUAUCAGAACAGCAGCCGGCGGAGAGGAUUGCAGUCGGGAUAUGUAAGGAGCUUGGAGGUUGCGCUCGGAUUUAUCCUCGACCGCGUGCCUAGCAGUGGGAGCACUUUGCAGCGCAUUGUUCAUGGGGCUCAGGAGGGCAAGCGGUUCGCAUCCAAUGAAUGGGCCGACCGUUGGAGAAAGUCCAGGCUCGCCAAAGAAGUUAUUCAUCUGGCUCAAGUCGAUUCUGGUCAUGAUGCAGACGACGCUGACUUGGAUGACAUGGGAGAGAUGGAUUUGCUGGAGAGCUGGUUGGAGGAUGAAGGAGAAGGAGUAGGAGGAGGGGGAGAAGAGCAGCAGAUGGAGAUGGAAGGUGAAGUGGCUGGGGACGAAAGAGGAGAGCAAUCACCACCACCACCACAACAACAACAAGCACCACCAGAUCCACCAUCCUACCACGUCACAUCGGAUGCACAGAUCGCAGACUCUUUAGAUUGGCCGUAUCCAGACAGCACGGCCGAUCUGGUCAAUCAUUACUUCCUCCACACUCAUUCUUGGUUCCCUAUUAUCGAACGCAGAGAGAUUUUGCGCAUCAUGCAUACCCACUCCAAUUCCCCAAAAGACUCUGCCUGUCGUCUUCUUCUCUGGGCAAUCCUAGCCUAUACGUCCACAACUUGUGAUGUGAGGCUUAAUCCUACUCCUCGGAUAGUCCAGCAGUCUAUCCAGAAAAGAAUCGUUCGCAGCUAUGAGAACACGGACCUCCACCACAUCCAAGCCCUUCUUCUUCUCGUCCUCAUACACCUUGAAUGGGGUGAUCUGAAUCAGGCAUGGGUGCUUGUUGGACAGGCAACUCGGCUACUGGUCAUGCUACCUGAGUCAGCGAGGACUCACCGUCACAAACAUGCUUUUGUCGGCUGUACCCUACUUGACGGUAUCAUAUCUGCUUUACUCGAUGAAACACCAUCCUUGCUCGCCGCAAAACACCUGGUCUACACACAAGUUGAAGAAGAUGAUGUGGAUGAGUGGGACACCUGGACCUCGCAACGAAUCCAGGGUGCGGGAUUGCGAUCCAGAUCGACGAGCCCUCUCCGGGCAUUGAGCACAUUCAACACGAUCUCCAAAUUGAUACAGAGCCUCAACCGCGUGUCCUUGUGUACAUCUGGCUUUGGUUCCUUACAUGCUCUCCUCGCAGAACUGCAACGCUUACAGAAGCAAAUCGCGGAACACCGUCCAUACAGAGGCGUGGAGUAUGCUACACCGCCCCUACUAACUCUGCAUCUCACUUCAGGUUUCAUCAUGCUGAAGAUGAUCGACAAGGGCAAGCUGAUGGGCACUUUUGAAGCUGGUGAGAACGUUCAGUGUUUGAGAACGAUGGUCAACCUUCUUGACGAUUACGUGGAGAUCACUGGCAAUGCCAGAUCGACACCUUUGCUUCGAUGCUUCACAUUCCAGGUCAGACAAUCGAUGCAGGGGCUACCCCAAUGCUCCGAAAGCGAAGACGCGGAACAUCUCAUGAAACGAGUUUCUCAUCACGCAGACAUGCUGAAGCUGGAUAACAUUCAACUUCACCCAGAUCCCGAGACGCCGCUGUUUCGGCAACACGGCUUGCGCAAAUUGGAUAGUACUUUUCUCGGUAGUACUCCAUCAUGGCCAAUAACAGGCUCAGGAAUAGGGAGUGAUUAUAUGGCUGUCGUACCAGUCAUUCCCCAUAUCCCUACGGCCGCCCGCGUUGUUCCUGAGACCUUGGCAGCCCAGCCACUGCAGCCACCGGAUGCAGAUGAUUUCGGGGAUUUAUUCGAAGAGAUCAUGACAUCGAUUCCAAUCAGCAGACACGAGCCUACGUUUGCGGAGAACUUGGGGUUCUACGCGGGCAAUAUGGAUACAGACUUUCUCGAACAACUUCAACAUAUACACCCAAAUACGUGA